AUGGAGAAGAGCGCAGCUAUUACCAACCCUCCCGCGGUCAGAUGUGACAGUGCCAGGCAUACCGACCCUGACCUCCCAGCCUAUUCUCAGGCCGGUUCAGACACCACAGUCGACCCUGCAACUGUAUCGCGCAUGCGCUCCCAUUCGAGGACAACCUCAGAUAUUCCAGCUUAUUCCGAUGCCGCGCUAAACACAAACGAUCGACCCGUCUACAACUUCGUGCGGGCCUCACUUAUCAGUUCAAAACUCCUUGUCCGUAGCAACAACAUCGACAGAUAUUGUUUCGUCACCGACCACGGCUCGGACUCAAAAGUCUGGAUUCAUGCUGGAGCUUCAAAAUCAAAUAAAGCAUUAGGAUGUCUGUCGUUUCCGGAGGCGCAUAAUACAUUCCGUAUCCAUUGUGCGAUUGUCAAUCAAGGUGGCGAUUCAGAUGUGAAGAUUAUCGGACUGGAUGACAAGAACUUCCUUUCUGCGCCGCUGGUAGAUGUCGUUGCCGGAAUUGGGUACCCACAUCCAAAAACAUUCACCUUGAAAGUGCCGAAAGGAUUGGACUUCCGCUCCAAAGACCUCAUCUGGACGUAUCGAGAAGGCGAUAUCACUGGACCGACUCCAGCACGAUAUGAUCUGCGCGAUCACAGUACCGGAGGUGCUCUGAUUGCAAGUCUGACAACCACAAAGGAGGGCAAGAAGCGGACAGCAGUACAAUGGUUUAUCAACCCCGAGAGUGAGCUGGAGCAGGCUGUUCUGAUCAUGUCUUGCAUUGGCAUUGUCACAAGAUUAUCAAGGAAGGCCAAGUUCUACGAUGACAGGGGGAUGUACUCGAAGUGGAGAUACUUUUGGUGGAUGUCAACAUUAUCUGCAGUUGCAGUUGCUUAG